AUGGGCCUUUUCUCCAGUAGUAACCGGCCACCAAUCAACAAGAGUGACGCGGGAUUUGAGGCCUUUGCCAAGCUCCGCCUUGCCAACAAGAGCGAUGCAUGUCUCGUGCAGCUGAUAUCUCUGGCUCCGCAGCCAGGUCCUCCAUGGCAUGACAUGGCAGACCGCUGGAGAACAAAUCUGCGUGAUAUAAGCCCAACCUGCAGAGUCUCCGAGGCCCUGGGGCCGACAACGAUCCGACUGGAUGGAGUGCACGGCGCAACAGUUCACUGGGACAAUCUGGACCCCGAGCCUCUGUUUGGCAACGAGACAUCAAAAUACCGUUUUGGUUUCUUUGCUAUGGGGAUCACCAGACCGGCAAUGCUUACAAGGCUUGCUUAUAUCUUCCUAGUCAUUUUGUGGUUUGUGGAGGGACCGGACCAUUUCGACGAGGUGACGCCCAUGAUUGCCUGGGUGAACUACAUCGCUGGCGCUUUCGCCCUCUGUGCGCCAAUCUUACUUUUGUCUCCCCGAGGUGCUUGUAAAAGCACGGUUAAGCCAUGCCUAAUCGGAAUUGAAGGAAGGGCGAAUGCUGCAAGCUUGGAGAAGCAACUCUGGGGGUUCAAUCACGGGAAACUUCAGGACACCACCCCUCAGUCGUACACAGACACUGAAAACAGUGAUCUUUCCCGAGUAACCCCAAAAACUGAUGGCGACUUUUCAUUCUCUCUGGUCGAUACUCGGAUGAUGACCCUGACGCACUUUCGCCGUCAGCUACCUCCAGUUGCCAUGUUCAUCUGCGGCGAGGAGGACGGCGGAACACAACGUGCCCUCCUGUGUUCGUACGAUUAG